AUGUCAGACCACAAGGCUGAGAUCGAGCAUGACGCGAAGCAUGAGAUCGUCGAGGUCAAGACGCUUAAGGGCAGCGAAGCGUUUCACGAGGCCAACACUCUUGAACCCAUUCCCAGGUUUCAUCUCCGAACAAUCGCACUGGCUGGUUGUCUUCUGCUAGGCUUCUUUUGUCAGACCGUCAACGGAUUCGACGGGAGCUUAUUCGGUGGUUUAACGGCCAACACAACCUUCCUGGACAAGUUCGAUGGCGCUCCUGACGGCCCAUGGGCAGCAAUCACCUCUGCCAUGUACCAAAUUGGUGCUGUUGUCGCGCUUCCUUUCGCUGGUCCCAUAAUCGACAACUUCGGCCGUCGCAUGGGUAUGGUCACUGGCGCUCUGUUGAUUAUCAUCGGCACUAUCGUCAAUGGACUGACCAUAAUCAACGGCUCUAACCCACAACUCAAGGGUGGACGCUUUGUCCUCGGAUUCGGCGUCACCAUCGUCUCAGCUGCCGGGCCCAUCUACGUUGUCGAGACCGCCCACCCUGCCAUGCGCUCCGUCAUCACCGCGUACUGCAAUACCUUCUGGUUUGUGGGCUCUAUUCUCGCUGCUGCUUCUGUCCGUGGUGGCCUGAAUCUUACUGGAGACACCACCUGGGCCCUUCCCAUAUGGCUUCAACUCGUCUUUCCCUCCAUGAUCCUCGUCUUCAUCUGGUUCGCGCCCGAGUCGCCCCGCUGGCUUUACGUCCACGGCAAGAUCGCUCAAGCCAAGGAGGUUCUCACCCACUGGCAUGGCUAUGGAAACCCAGAAUCGGCCUGGGUCAAGCUCCAGUUAUCCGAAUACGAAGAGUUCCUCGAGCUCGACGGCGCCGACAAGCGCUGGUGGGACUAUAGUGCCCUGUUCCGCUCACGUGCGAGUCGCUAUCGCCUGACGUGCAACAUCGUCUUCUCAAUCUUUGCGCAAUGGGCAGGCAACGGCGUUCUGACUUACUUCCUGCCCGCAGUGCUGAAGACAUCCGGCUACACCCAGGACGUAGAGCAGGCCAACAUCAACCUGGCUUACGCUUGUUUCCAGUUCGCGUUUGCGCUCAUUGGUGCCGCCUUCGUUGAGAAGGUUGGUCGUCGCCCUAUGUUUCUCGGCUCUAUGGCUGCCUGUACUGUGGUCUGGGUCGCCAUGACAAUUUCCUCAUCUCAAUUUGCGGCUAGUGGCGAUACCAAUACAUCUGCUGCCAAAGCCACAGUAGCAAUGAUCUUCCUAUUCGGCAUGUCCUAUUCUAUCGGACUCACCCCGCUUCAGGCUCUCUAUCCCGUCGAAGUACUAUCGUUUGAGAUGCGCGCCAAAGGUAUGGCCUUUUCUGCGCUCGCUGUCAAUGCUGGUGGACUGCUUGGCCAGUUUGCAUGGCCCAUUUCGCUGGCAAAUAUUGGAUGGAAGACUUACAUCGUCUUCACAGUCUGGGAUGCCAUUCAAACUGCUGUCUUCUACUUCCUGCUUCCUGAGACCAAGAAGCGUACACUUGAGGAAUUGGAUCUGAUCUUUGAGGCUAAGAACCCUGUCAAGGAGAGCUUGAUCAGAAAGAGGAUCGACUUCAGUGCUGAGGGACAGAUCAUCGCUGUUGAGAAGCUUUAA